AUGGAGACCCUUCUUUCCUCUUGUCGCCCGUCUGGCGAGAGCUCUUUUGAAGAAUUGUUUGCCUCUUGCCUUGGCGAUUGGGAGAGGUCUGCUCCAACUUUGAGCUCUGAAGAGCGUACCUGUCUACCCACCUACGAAACCAUUCGUUUUGAUGGACAUAAACCCAUGGAUCAUGGGAAUGCUGGCUUGGACUUUGACAAGGCCUUUGCCGAACUCGAUCCCAAAGACGACCCAGUCCUUGGCCUAGAUACUCUGGGCAAUCUGGAAGAUCUGGCCCUUGAGCAGCUUUACCCCCAGCCACUCACUCCCAUCGUGACUUAUGACACCCCACCGAGCUCUUGCAUGAGCCAGAGUGACACAGUUACUCUGACUGAUAUCUCCAACUUUUCCGAGGACACAGUUCCUCUGACUGAUAUCUCCAACUUUUCCGAGGACACAGUUCCUCUGAAUGAUAUCUCCAACUUUUCCGAGGACACAGACUCGGGCUCUGCCCUUGAAACUGAUACAGCCACCUUCGCUACUUCCGCUCCACUGAACCAAGAUGCUCCACUCUCCUCUACCUCUGUCUUCCAGGGGAAUGCAGAUACUUCACUCAUUUCCGCCUCUGUCUCCCGAAUGAACAAAGGUCCUUCCCACAUCUCUGCCUUGAACAACCAGGCGACCCCAGUCGACCAAGUCGCUCUGAUCGCUCAGCUUGGUCCGCACACCGGACUCAACUUGAAUCACGUCUCCGCAUUCAACCAAGCCAACUUCGGCACUGCUGCUGCUGUCGUGCAAAAUGCUCCAAUUGCUCAUACUCCGUAUACUGGAAUAGAUAUGAACCUUGUCUCCGCAUUCAACCAAGCCAAUUUGGUCAUUCCUGCCCCGGUCGCGCAAGCUGCCCCAGCCAGCUUUGUUCAUCCGGCAACAGGGACUCACAUUAGUCAAACCGACUCUGGCACCUCUGGUUUCCUGCCCGGUCCCGCCAAGCUCUUUACCAUGGAAACUGCCAAACGGCCACCCAAGCAGAAAUCGAAGCGGAUUCCCCAGAACAAGCAGGUUGAUGAGCUCCAUGGAGAUGAGAAGAGGAAAAUAACCUUGACGACCCCGCGUAAAGCGAAGGCAAAGAAAAACCAAGCCCCUAUUACACCUCUUCAAAAGAUUGCAUCUGUGACCCCAAUGACCCCAGUGAAAGGCGUGGUUGGCACGGUCAUCCCGCAGACCCCCGCGCCGCCAAAGACACCUGCCCCACUGAUGACUCCUAUGACCAGAGGAAAUGAGCAGACUGUAUCAAAGGCACCCAUCGCGUACUCCAACCCGCAGCAGCGGCUUCAGAUUCGAGAGAGACAACUUCGUUUUGAAUGGCAGUUACUCCAAGCACAGCGAGCCCACUUAGAGCAGCAGCAGCCUCCCAGUGAUGCACAGCAGCUCCAGAUCUACGAACGGCAGACUCAGCUCCACAACGAUCAGUUGAAUAUAUGCAAACAGAAGAUCAUGCACCACAGAGAGCAAAUGCGUGGAUUCAUGUACCGACAACAAAAUCUACAGCAUUUCCAGGCUGCAGCUGCUCAGCGACCUGCCUACCAAAUGCCUGCAGUCUAUCCUACCCCUCCCAAGGAGCGAGUGCAACCCACGCUGUACCAACCCCAGCAGGUUGCCUUUUCCGCUCCAGCCAUGGGGCAUGCACAAUCCGGUUCCUCUCUUUCCUCUGCCUCGUCCUCUGCUUCGUCUGGCAAGAGGAAGUUCGAAUUUGUGGAGAAUGUCGUUCCUCCCAACUUUGUGGCCAACCCCAAUAACCAUGCCCGCUGGGAUGUUGGCCCUGCUGGGGAACGGAUCUACUUGAACGGGCGUCAGGCCAAGAAGGCCCGGAUUGCACAGAAGUAG